AUGCGACACACAGCUGCUGAGGAUAUGAUGAAGGAGACAUUGGUGAAACAGGACAUAAAGAUAGAGUGGGAAGGGCAUCAUUCAGGCGAAAGUUCCCCUCAAUUACAUGUCACGGAAGAACCCUCUGAUAGUCCGCAAAGUGUUAUCACUUCGAAGAGACACGUUAGAACGAUCACUACUGCGGGACAUAUUACGGAAAAUAUAGCAGAGAUUGAAGCUGAAUCCCCGGAUUCGAAUGCUGUUUCGAGUAAUCUUCAACAAACUAUGCAUCAGCAUCAACACUCGGAUCAAGAUCAGCAUGGAUAUCAAGACGAGCAGCAACAACAACAAACGCAGCAGCAAGGACAACAACAGUAUGUGCAGAUUUCUCACGCGAAUAAUACAGAGGAACAGCAAAGAGAUGGUAACGAUCAACAACAUGUUGUCUAUGCGACUAGAAAUGGACAGGAUGGGAGCGUUGAAGUCUCCGAUGGUGCUGAUUCAACUAUAACUCUUACUAUUAAACAAUCACCUAGAUAUGAGAAUACGGGAGGAACAACGGAGAGAAAUGAAGUAGGCCGUAUUUAUGCGUACACCAAUGAGAAUCAGGAACUAAGGAGAGAGAAUAAUAUGAUCACGUUGCAAGUACAAGACAACAGUCGUCGUGGUCAACAAACAACGACGCAUCAUAGGUACAGUCCUCGUGAGAGUAAUCAUAGUGCCAGCAAUACAGCGAAUAGUACACCGAGGUAUCAAACCUCACCAGCUCUUCCUACUACGGAGGAUUAUGAAACGUCAGGAAUAGUUAGCCAGUCAGGAGGAAAUGUACAACUCAGUUCACCCACACCCACUUAUUCCCCGCCAAUCGAUGGCAUACGCACGAAUCAACAUCAACAGCAAUUAGUUGCCUCUGGUUACUCCGACGCAGCUGUCGCUGCGACGAUCAAAUACGAUACCGAAGUGGCCGUUGCCACGGAAAAUAUCAAAGUUUCGAGUACCUACACAACCCUCGAGACCGUCGCCAUACCACCCUCGCAGACGGUUCAAUAUACUCAAUAUAUAUCGGGUAGUGAAACUUUUCAACAAGCUCCAACGUAUACAUAUCCAAAGCCAUCGGAACUUUUUAUCACUUACCCACCUACUAGUCAUCCUGGACCCCGAUGCGCCGAAGUCGAGUCUCCCAACAGCGCCUACAUCAAAGGUGACCCAACGUUAGCUUCGUCUUUAGGCACUACACGUACAGUCUCUCUUCAUUACGAACAACCAGGCUCUCCGGGAUCUCAAGUCACUCUCUAUGGACCUAGCACAGCUACGUCUUAUCAAUACAUUAAACCUAGCAACGACCCAUAUUGGCCUACCAGUGGCACACCUUCACCUCCAACGUCUCUUGAAUACGUUCAAACUUAUCCCAGCGUGACAACGAUAGUUAGCGACGCUGCAAAUAUGCAACUCUAUUCGGGUGGUGGUUACAGUGUCGCAACAGCUGCUGGAAAUGGUCUAUCUGGUCCCUGGCAAACCAUUUCGGGUGCCGAAGAAUCCUUCGAUGGUGCCGUGAUCGCGAGCGAACAAAAGGAUUGCUUAAAUUGUGCCAGCACCAUGACACCCUUCUGGAAACGCGACGGUACCGGACAUUAUAUUUGCAACGUAUGUGGUGUUAUCAGCAAGAUGAACGGCACCAACAGACAACCGAUCAGAUGCGGCAAGCCAAAACAGUCGGUCGUGCCGGCUAAUGUAAGAAGGACAGGGGUGCAAUGUGCAAAUUGUAGAACAAGUAACACGACUUUAUGGCGACGAAACAACAACGGCGAACCCGUGUGCAAUGCCUGCGGUCUUUAUUUCAAACUACACAAUGUAAACAGGCCGUUGAGCAUGAAAAAGGAAGGAAUACAAACGCGAAAGAGAAAACCAAAGAAUCAUUCGGGUGUAAGUGGGAAUCUUCCUGGACCGAGCGGUAUCAAGACCGAGAUUAAGUCCAGCUUACUCGUGGACUCGUUGCAGUUGAACAUGUUUGCAAGCGGGGGUGGGGGUGAAGGGGUAGAAGAACAUUGUCUUUCUGUAGGUACACCAACAACGGCACAAUUAGGGCAUGCACAUUCGCCCCUCACAUUACCUACUGUCGCCGUAUUGAAUCGUCAAACUACCCUUACCGUGCCACCACUAGAACCAAUCACUAGUCAGCCCAACGGUGACCUGGUCUCGGUCAUAACUUCAACGACAACGGCCCAUGCUGAGAGAUCGUAGAAUUGUUUUUUCAUUGAUCUUA